AUGGCGGACCCCCUAUCAUCUAUGCCGAACGGCACAUACCCACUGCGCUUCGCUCCCUCGGGCGCCAAUGCGCUCGCUGGUAAGCGGGCCCGCAGCGACGACGUCGUUGCGUUCAGAUACGCCUUCAAGCCUGCAUCAGUCACAUCGUCGACCCCCGGCGCACUCGAGCCCUCUGGAUCUGGCCGUGUGCUCUCCUUUGACCUUCCUACUGGCGGCAGCCAGGUCUUUGAUGUCCGCGAAGAGACGAGCAAGGCGAGGGAAUGCGUGCUCGUGUGGGACGAGGGAAGCCAGUCAUUCGUCCUGCACGCUCUACCUUCCACACUGCACCUGACACAGAACCGUACUCUCUCUGCGCAGCGUACUGCUGGAUCCAGCCAGGUGAGCCGUGCCGCUACUCCCAGGCAGGCCACCCCAGCAGACGACGAGGACGAGUUUGAGCAAGUCGACGUCGACGUUCCGGCACCACCGCAGCCACUUCCACCACCACCACCAGCCCCGGCGACGACCGCACGUGCCCGCGUCGGCGGCAAGGGCAUCGCGCGCAAGGCUCUCCCCGCCGGCGUCGCCGCCAUCACUGCCACCGAGCCCCCCGCGCCCGCCAAGAAGAAGAAGGCAGCGCCCAAAAAGGCUGCGGCAGCAGCUCCCAAGACGACCAAGGCCAAGGCCGCACCCAAGAAGACCACACCGAAGAAGAAGGCCGCGGCCCAGCAGCCGCCAGCAAGCAAGAUUAAGAGUGUGGAGAUUAUCGAGGACUCGGACGACGACAUGGACGAGUUUGCAGACAUGCUCGGCGCGGCGGUGGAGCAGGCCGGCGCGACGACCGAGCUGCCGGGCUACGACGACGACGACGAGGACGAGGAAGAGGAGGAGGAGGACGAUGAGCUUGGCGGCGCGCAGUUUGCGGGCUACAACAGACAGGGCGCCGAGGAGGACGUGGAGUGGAUCUAG